UCUCUCUGGCGUGGGUCUAGGGUUUGUGUGCCGACAUAACAUGUUUUGCUAAAAAUUGUGAACUAAGAUGAGUUCUCAGAAAGGUAAUGUAACUCGGUCGCGAGGCCAGAAGCAUCAAAACGCCACCGCCUUCAGAAACGACAAGUAUGGAGCGACUGUACAAGUGAAGAAGGCAAAAUCAAAGAUCCAUGAUGGGCUCUGCCAACACUGUAAGUCUGUCCUUGAGUGGAAAGUGAAGUACAACAAAUACAAGUCACUAACACAAGCCCGAAAAUGUGUUAAGUGUGCUCAAAAGACUGUAAAGGACGCAUAUCACAUCGUUUGUAAGCCCUGUUCUCUUCAGCUAGAGAUCUGCUGCAAGUGUGGGAAGAAAGAGGACAUCGUUAUUUCAAUAAACUCACAAGAGGACAAGACAGAGCAAGAGGAAGAUGGCGAACAGAGAAAGAAAGGGCGUGGACAAGGCAAGAAGGACAUUGGUGACUUGGACAGUGAUGAUGAGGACUUCAGUGAUCCCGGAGAUGAUGAUGAUGAUGAGGAAGAGGAUUUCAGUAAUGAUUCAGAACCAAAGAAGGCACAGAACAGGUCUGAUGUGCUUCCAGAUGUAUCCCGAGUCAAGGUUAAAGACUGAAGACAGACCAUUCUUGUGCCAAAUAGACUUUUUUUAUAUAUCCAAAACAAGCUUUCUAAUGAAAGUACAGUAUGAGUUUAAGAUGUGGCCAAACUUGAAUUUACUAAUUAACAAAUGUUGCUGGUUUGAAGCACAACCUGUAAGACAAACUAAUGGGAACACUGGACCAUCUCAUGAGAGAAAAGCUACCAGAUGCUUGGAAGAUUUCAGAUGGUUGUGUGUCAUUCUUUGUUAUUGAGAGGGCCUUAAAUAUACUUUAUAUAAAUAUAUAUACUGUAUAUCUAAAUGUACUGUAAUAAAAACCUGAAGAGCUUAUAGAGGCCCUGAAGUAUCAGCAGCACUAAAAACAGAAGUACAGGCUUUGCCAGGAUAUCACAAACUGCUUUUGAAAUAUUGACGCUGUCAUGCAGUUCCAACAAUUUACACUCAGCUGCCACUUUAUUACGUCCACCUGGCUAAAACAAGUGCAGUCUAAUAAAACAGCCCUGCAAUUAAUCCGUCAUGGUUCUAAUGUUCAGUUUUUUUACAGAGGCGUUGAUUGAACUGCAUGAUCAUUUUGGAGGCUGAAGUUUGUGACGGUGUUGUAUUGUGUUAUAAUAACAAGUGUUUCUAAUAUUAUGGCCACUGUUUAUGUCACUGAAUGUAGACCAAAUAUUAGAAACACAUUCCAGUAUAACAAAGAAAAUAAAUUCUGUAGUUUAUUUUAAGUGUUGAAAUCUAUCUAGACUAUCUUCCCCUUUAGAAUACAAAUAUAAUAAACAUAUUGAUAAAUAUUGAUUUUCCUCAGAAUGACUCAAGUUUAUGAAAGGGAAGUUUGCACAUUUUUGAAGUCGGUAUUCCUCAACAACUGUCUUUUUUGCUUUUUAUUUAAACUGGAAAGGUGAAAGAAAGUUUUGAAAACAUUUAAAUGCACAAACUUUGUAAGGAUGCAGUAUUUUCCACACAAUAUAUUCAACAUGCUAUUUUGUACUCCAUGGGGACAGUUGUGACGGUGGUGCCAUUCACAUCCAAACUUUUCAAUAGAAAACCGCAACAGCUUUUCAACUCUCACCAAAAUCUCUCAAAAUAAUUCCAACUUUCAACUCCACAUUGUUCAGAUUUCACACAAAAAAGCUGCAGCCAACUACAAGCAGACACAAGUAUUUUUUUCCUCGUGUCUGUAUUGAGAGACUUUACUGGAGGCUGCUAUGAAGCUCUGCAGCCACUUAGUUCUCUGGCAGAAAAUCAUCACAUGCAUGGUGUAAUUUUUCUGCAUCAGUUGCAGCCUUUCACACUUCCCGUCACUGAAUAACCUGCAGUUACACUGAAGGGUACUUUCAUGCA